UUGAAAACAAAUUCGAAAACAAAAACAUUUUUGCUAGUGUCCGACGAGGAUUAUUUUUCCAUCGUGUUUUCUAUACAACAUAUUUAACAAUUAGUGCAUCUAGCCAUGAAAAAAGUUGUGAUUCUCAAGUCCGAAAACGACAACAGUGAAGUGUACACCGCACUGCUGCAGAAAGCCGGCUUCGAGCCCGUUUUUAUUCCAACGUUAGAUUUUUGCUUUAAGAAUCUCGACAUUCUGCGAGAUCGAUUGUUGUCGCCGUACAAAUACUCCGGGCUGAUUUUCACCAGUCCUCGAAGCAUAACUGCGGUACGGGAUGCGCUCGGAGGGCAUAGACUGAAAGACGAUUGGAAAACGUUGGAGAAUUACUGUGUCGGCGAACCGUCCCAUGAUCUUAUUCUGACCUCACUGGAACUGGAAACUAAAGGGCAGCAUUCGGGAAAUGCCAGUAACCUAGCGGAUGUGAUGAAAACGGACCUGUACAAUAAAACCAUAACACUACCGUUUCUGUUUCCUUGUGGAAACCUGAAACAAGAUGUUUUGCAAAACAAAUUAUCAGAAUAUGGUUAUUCGAUAGAUUGCGUUGAAGUGUAUGAAACUAUCCCCCAUGAAGAUCUGGAACUCAGUUUGAUCAAUUUAUUUCGCGAUAGUGCCGCUCCAGAUUUCCUCUUGUUUUUCAGUCCCUCUGGCAUCGACUACUGUGGGGCCAUUUUUGAGCGACACAAACUGAAUCACAGCGGUUGUAAGAUUGUAGCUAUCGGGCCUAGUACCAAGAAGGCAAUUGAAAACAAAGGCUACACAGUACACAGGACUGCAGAGAAACCCUCGCCCGAGUAUGUCGUUAGUGCUUUACUAGAUUCCUAACCACUUGUUGAGUAGUUUGUAGAACAUAAAUUAUGAAUCCUAUUGUUAAAAUAUAUGAUAUUUUUAGUCUUAUAGGAGUACAUCCAAGUGUUGUAAAUUAACUGAUAAAAAGCCAAUCUAUUUUGCCAAGUGGCUUCAAAUGAUAGUUGUUGGAAGUUGUUUUAGAUUGAAACGUGGUUUACGCCGAACAAUGAAUGCCGUCUAUUAAAAUAAACGAAGUAGAACAGUUUCGAGUUGGUUAAUGACUGAUAUUGAAGUGUUGGUGCAUUCUCCGAGAAACCAAGCAGUGUUAAUCCUUUUGCUAUUGUGACUUAGGAACAAUUUUCCAAUAUAAUUGGUAUAAGUUUGCAAAACUUCCUUAGACGAGAUGUGUUAGAUUUGUUUGAAAUUUUAUAAAUGUGUAAUAGCGUCCGAAUGAUCUUCCCAAACUGCUUCCAAUAGAAAAUAUAAAUAUCUUGCAUUAGCCUGGUUUUGGUUCACAUAUAUUUUCGAGUAGUUUUUUCAGUUAUAACUAUUAAAUGUUAUCUAUAUUUUAAGAUAAUCAGUCAUAUAAACAAUAAAGU